AUGGACACGGACCCUGCUAGUAGUGCGGACCGCCGGACCCAAAGCUACAUUCUCGCUGCAAUAUUUGUCGAGUUUAUUUUCUAUGGCGCCUACGUCGUGCUCUAUGCAGUAGCACUAUAUCUCAUGACGCGGCGGAAGUCAAUCUACAACGACUCAUGGGGAGCCCGAAUGUUCUUCAUUGCGAUCAAUGUCAUGUUCAUACAGGCAACCCUCCACAUAUGUGUGAACUUCUACCGCGGAAUCCGGGCAUAUGGGGAGGUGGUCUUUGAGACUCCCAUAAACUAUUUUGAGCAAAAUUAUACUAGCUGGGACAACCUAUCCCAUAUAGUUAUGUUCGGGAAUAUGCUUUGGUUUGGUGAUGCCCUGGUUAUUUACAGAUGUUAUGUCGUCUGGAACCGCAAUAUCUGGAUCAUCGCCUUACCACUUUUACUCCUCGCAUACAGCGUGGUCUUGAACCUCGUAUUGUAUGCCUGGUGGGAACUUGAUUUUGCAUCGCCUGAGGAGAUGCACCCAGUGAUAUCCACAGGCUAUCCUCUGGCAUUCAUCCAGAAUUUCCUAACAACGGGAUUAAUCACCUACAAGCUCUGGGCUCAGUACAGGGAGUCCGUCAAAGCAGGAGUAAUUGCAUAUGGAGGACCCGUUCGCAUCAUCACCGUAAUGAGGAUCGUCAUUGAAAGUGCUGCCCUUUACACCGUUGAACUGAUGGUCAUCAUCCCUCUCUUUUUUGUCAAUCACCCUGCUCAAUUUGUUAUUCAAUCCGCAUUGGUGCCCAGUGUCGGUAUUAUUUUUGUAUUGAUGGCCAUCCGACUUCACCUGGCCCAGCAGGAAGAGAUUCUCAGAAACAACGGAAUCCAAUCUGUUAUUCCACCAUGGUUCUCGAACGACCCAAGAUUGCAACAAACCUCAACUCACAAUGGAGACGGAGUAGAUCCAGAACUCUCGCUCGAGGUAUUGUCCACUGCCACCACCAAACCUCCGCAGCUGGUGAACCGAGCGUCCGAGGCGACCCUCAAUCGCAAGGCAGAUGAAGCAGGUGGAAGUUUGGGGGAAGUCUAG